AUGGCCGCCAGCCACGGACCGGCCCCAGCAUACUUUGGAGCCCCUACGGAAUUAUACUCCAAGCGUGAUUCCUCGAUGAAUGCGAUGUCGCCCGCACGAUCGAGCCCGCGGAUAGCCCGCGUACCAUACGCACUGCAAACAACACCCGCCGAAUCCAAGGGUGUCGUCGAGGCCAUGCCCGCCACCCCACUCAACAGACCGCGGAAGCUCUCGCAGGCUUCCACUGUCACCGUGACAAGCGUCAACAGCCCGAGGGACAGCUUCGACUCCAGGUCGAGGAGCUCGUCAUGGAGCAGCAACAGGUCCAGCUUCGAUUCGAGGGACUCGUGGAGACCCGACUACCUGUAUCAGCGACCCAGCCAGCCUGUCGUCUUCAGGAAGAAGGCACAGCCUGGUGAGAUCUUUGCAAAGCUGCCUGGAGAGGUGCUGGAGCUCAUCCUGGGCGAGCUUAAGAAGUUACAUCUUGACAGGAGUAGUGAAAGCUGUGCGACAUGUUGGAUGAGGGAUCUGUGCUCCAUCAGCCUGACUGCUCGGAAAUGGUGCAAAUACGCACGAGUGGCAUUAUACGAGGAUAUCCAGCUGGUGGGACCAGACUCGACUGCGCAGAAGAAGAAGUACAAGCUCGCACUCGGCUCCCGAAUGAUGCUUCUACGACGAACUCUGAGAUCGAACGCGUACCUCGCCGCCAUGGUUCACACCGUGAAGGUCCCAAGCCCGCCCGUUGGCGUCGCGCUGGAGGAUUAUCACAACCAGGUGGCCGCCCUCAUCAUGGCCUGUCCCAACUUUGAGCGCCUCAUCGGUCUUCACCCUCAGUACAGCCACUCUUUCAGCAAGCUGUACCACGCCCUCUCGACGCGCAAGCGUCUUAAACACAUGGACUGGGUGGUCCAGCCCUCACCGUUCCAGCGACAGCACCGAUUGGGCCGUUCGAACUCUUCUGAUAAUGUCCCAACAUUAACCCAACGCCAGCGCGAGAUGGUGACGCCUGGCGAUCUGCAACCGCACCAGAGCGCUACUUUCCUCGAAUACCACGUCGACUGGGCUCACCUCAGCACUUUGACGAUUCACUGCCUCCCGGGCGCGACGCUCACCCCCGAUAAUCUCGUCAGCUCGGCGCUGAUGCACCUGACGUCCUUGCAGCACCUGUACCUGUCUCACAUGCCGGUGACUGCCUUCAACGACAACGCCCUCCUUUCGCUCCCUCCCUUGCGCACACUAUCUCUUUCCCACGUCCCCGGUGUCACUUGUGCCGGAAUCUCGGCCUUGGCGACUUUGCCUACAAGCCAGGCGAUCCAGAAACUGACUCUGCGCCACAUCAACCUCGAAUCCCUGCCCGCCCUGGCUCGCAUCUUCUCCAACUUCACCUACCUCGAAGCAUUCACCCUCGUCCAGAGCUUCGCCCCUACUCUCCCCGAAGACACUUUCAUCUGGCUCAUGCCCUACCUUGCGUCUGGUUCCCUGCGCAAACUCCACUGGGACAUCACAAGCAACACCACCCACGCAAACGCAGCGGAUUCGAUCCUCGCCCGCAGCAUCGCAGCCUCCGGCUUCCCCUCCCUUCGCAGCCUCCGCACCCCGAAUGAUCCCGAGGGCAUCUUCCAAGCUCUCUGCCGCCCCUACGAGCGCGUCGACCUCGCCAGCGACCGAUUCCGCCAGCCUGUUGCCCGAAGCGCCUCGUUCCCCGCCGCGGCGCCUGGAUCGCCGACCAAGUCCAAAUUCCCGACCAAGGCCGCCACACUGCCGCCCACCGAGACAUUCUUAGAGUGCACCGAUCUCCACCAGGCCCGUCUGGCAGCGCAGGCCCGCCUCGAGGCCGCGCGGCCGUUCCCGCGGUUCUUUGUCAACGUCAUUGAUGAAGAUGGCACGCUGUUGGAGAAGUACGGACUGGCAGGUUUCAUGGGUACCAUUGAGAGCCGCAUCUCAUACAACCUCCGUCCGGACACUGGCGCGAAAGACGAGCGUGGUGGAAUAGUCGAGAUGUCAGACUUGAUGGCCGGCAGCAACGGCGAGGACAUCCCCAACGGCAAGGAAGGCUGCACCGGCCGCUGGAACGUGUCCUCGUCGGCGGCGGAGAAGAAGGACAAGGAACGGUGGUGGCAUACGGAAAGAGGCCGAUGGCACCAGCCCGAACUUGCGUGA